UCUCGCCAUGCGGGCGCUGCUGCUCCCCGCGCUCCUGCUCCCGGCGCUGGCCGCGGCGCGCGGCACCGCCACGGCGCUGGGUGACACGGACCAGGUCAGGAUGACCUCGGAGGGCUCCGACUGCCGCUGCAAGUGCAUCCUGCGGCCGCUGAGCAAGGACGCCUGCAGCCGCGUCAGGAACGGCAGCGCGCGCGUGGAGGAUUUCUACACGGUGGAGACGGUGAGCUCGGGGGCCGACUGCAAGUGCUCCUGCACUGCGCCCCCCUCCUCGCUGAACCCCUGUGAGAACGAGUGGAAGAUGGAGAAGCUGAAGAAGCAGGCGCCUGAGCUCUUCAAGCUGCAGUCCAUGGUGGACCUGCUGGAGGGAACGCUGUACAGCAUGGACCUGAUGAAGGUGCACUCCUACAUCAGCAAGGUGGUGGCCCAGAUGAACACACUGGAGGAGACCAUCAAGACUAACCUGAGCAGGGAGAACGACUUCAUGAAGGAGAGCGUCCUGCACCUCACCAACCAGAUGAAACGCUACGAGAACUACUCCGACAUCAUGCUCAGCAUCAAGAAGGAGAUCUCCAACCUGGGUUACCAGCUGCUGCAGAAGGACGCGGCUGCUGUCCCCGAGAGCAAGGCACAGGACACGGCAGGCGGCCGAGAGAAGGAGGCGGGGCGGUACCCCAGCACCCGCAAGGCACUGGGGGACAAGGUGGCCCCUCGAGCGCCCAAGGAGAAGCCACUGAAGCCUGAGAAGCCCAAAAAGGAGAACACCAAGGCCAGGGCAGGGUCCCAGCCCACACCCAAGCCCAAGCCCCUGGCGCACCAGCAGACCGUGGUCCGAGGCAUCACGUACUACAAGGUGGGGCAGGCGGGAGCGGCGGAGGGGCCGGCCGGCAGCCGCGAGAGCCCUGCAAGGGGGCCAGCUGUGCCGGAGCAGCAGGAGGAGAGGGGCCCCCCACCCCCUGCAGCUGAGGGGACCCCAGCCCAAGCUGUUGCACAGACAGAGACCGCCGUGCCCAACACCACGGCUGUGCCCAGCACUGCCCCAGCCCCCCGCAGCACCACCCGCAGCCCCCCCAGCCCCCUUGGGCAGGGGGAUGACAGCACUGGGGACCCCGAAACACCAAACAGAGUGAAGGAGGUGGAGUGCGAAGGCACCAUCGAGUCGGUGGAGCCUCCCAUGGAGCACCACAGCUACGGGCGCAACGAGGGGGCCUGGAUGAAGGACCCGGCAGCCAAGGAUGACCGUAUCUAUGUCACCAACUACUACUAUGGGAACAGCCUGGUGGAGUUCAGGAGCCUCGAGAACUUCAAGCAGGGCCGCUGGAGCAACCUCUACAAGCUGCCCUACAACUGGAUUGGCACCGGGCAUGUGGUGUACCGGGGGGCCUUCUACUACAACCGUGCCUUCACCAAGAACAUCAUCAAGUAUGACCUGAAGGAGCGGUACGUGGCGGGCUGGGCGCUGCUCCACGAUGUGGUGUAUGAGGACACAACGCCCUGGAAGUGGAGGGGCCACUCAGACAUUGACUUUGCUGUGGAUGAGAGCGGGCUCUGGGUUAUCUACCCCUCUGUGGACUACGACUACUCGCAGCAGGAGGUGAUCGUGCUGAGCCGACUCGACCCCGGGGACCUCUCAGUGCGCAAGGAAACCACCUGGAAGACGGGGCUGAAGCGCAACACCUACGGGAACUGCUUCAUCAUCUGUGGCAUCCUCUACGCUGUAGACACCUACAGCCAGAAGGAAGGGCAGAUCUCCUACGCCUUUGACACGCACACGAACACGGAGGCAGAGCUCCGACUGCCCUUCCUCAACCACUACUCCUUCACCACGCAGGUCGACUACAACCCCAAGGAGAAGGUGCUCUACGCCUGGGACAACGGCCAUCAGAUGACAUACGGGCUCCACUUUGUGGUCUGAGCAUCCGGGGGUUCCCAUCAGCCCUCCUGCACCCACCCUCUGCUGUGCCUGGCUGGGGCACCCUGAUGCAGCCUGGGCCCGGCACCCCGACCCCAGCUGGACCAGGGCUGUGGCGACAGCCCGGCUUCCACCCCAACCCCCUCCCCAUCCUCUGUGCCCGUCAGCUGCCCCGUGCCCACUGCACUGCGGGGCAGGGAGUGCGCGUGAGCACAGCCCCCCGCAGACACCCCCACGACAACGUGGCCCCCGGACCACGGCAGCUCGGCUGGCAUCGCCUUCCUGGGGAACAGAGAGAAGCCCAGCCCCACAUCCCUCCGGCACCACUGGCACCACAGCAGCACCCACCCCAUACCACUGCACUGAGCACCCACUGCACUGCCCCCAGCCAAGCCCCCUCCUCACACACCCACCGGGACCCCGCGUGCCGGCACCGCAGCUGCCAGCGGCAUGAGUGCGGGACAGCCCCGUGCCCUGGCCUGCACCCGGCCCCACGAGGCGGGCAGGGCCCCCGGCUGCCAGGCACGAGCAACAGGUGCCGGUUGCUAUUUUAGGAAAUGUGGUUAAGAUGCCCUUGCUUUUGCCGCUCAUUAGCUUGUUAUUUAAACGCAUUCACUGGAGCUGUAUGAGGCCCCUUCAGGCAGCGGGUGCAGAGGAGCCAGCCCGCAGCACCGGGGUGUCCUGCCUGCACACCUGCCUGCACACCUGCCUGCAGCGAACCCUGGGCAGGGGAGCCCGUGGCCCUCUCGCUCUCCAGGUGAGGCAGGGCAAGGGGCUGCGGGCGCUUGGCUUGGUUUUGGUCAUUUUAGACGUGAACAGUAUUAAAA